AUGCCGGACCGCGGGCGAGAGCGGGAAAGGAAACGAAGGCGACGUCGAUCCGAUAACGAUGACGAUGAGCAGAGUGGCUUUGCAGGAUGGAAACUUGGCUUGGUUGUUGGAGUCAUCGUUGUUUGCUUCGCUAUGCUUUACCCAACAGUGAUUCAUCCGAUGUUAAUGAGUUUUGUAGGUCGCAAAGAAACCCAGAAGCCAACUCCAUCUCGACCGCCAGUUCAUCCUGGAAUGGGUGGACCAGGUGCCUAUAGGGCUCCUGGCGGACGAGCAGACGUUCAUCCAGCUAUGAGGAUGGCUCAACAACAGGCUGAGACGCAAUCAGGCGGACGUGGAACUUUUACUUGGAUGUUACCUAUAUAUACCGUGGGAGUGGUUAUAUUCCUCCUUUAUACUUUAUUCAAGUCAAAGAGUAAGAAGAAACGACGUUCUCGUUACGAUUCAUCUGAAUACUCAUCUGAUGACGAUGACGAAUACAAUGAUAGACUUAAAAAGAAGAUUGGAAAGCGAAAACUUCGAGGACUCCAGGAACGUCUCCAGCAAACUGAGGAGGCAAUGAACAAGAUCCUAGAACAACUGGAAGCAGUCCAAGCAGUGGGCUCUCUUGUAGAAGGAGAACAGCCCACAGCGGCAGAAGGAGUCCCAGGGGACUCAGCACCCAAAGAAACCAUAAAUGCCAAGAACGAGCAGUACAUAACAGAUCUAGAAAAGGCACUCCGAGAUUUCAAGGUGCUUUCGGAUGCAUAUGAGGAGGAGAGAGGCCUUCGAAAACGUGGUUCAAACACCGAUGGUGACACAAGCACCGAGGAACUAAAUUCUGCAUCGGAUGAAGAUGAGUCCGAAGAGGAGGAGGAAGAGGAGGACCUUUCGAGAGUGAAAAAGAAAUCAUCAAGAAAAGUGCGAGAUGGAGACUCAGAGGAUGAAACUCUUCAAAAAGACGGCGAAAAAACACAACGAAAAAAAAGGAAAGAGGAUGAUGACGAAGGAGAAGACGAUGAACCAGAAUCAACAGAGGAGACCGUUAAGUCGACGAAAAAACUGGAAACGGCAAAACAAACACAGUCAUCGACGAAGAACGUUCGACGUCGCGCUCGAAAAGUCUAG